CAUGAUCUGUCUGUCUCCUUCUUCAGAACAUUAUCCCAGCACCGUGAGUAUGAUCUCCAACUCCGUUUUCGUUCAUUUCAACCACACUACUAACUAUAACCCUUGAAGCAUUUUGAAGAUGCAAUCCUUUUGCUCCUGAAAUCGAAAAGCUACGAAGAAGCAUAGCAGCAGAAGGGAUUUCUAUAGAUUACUUUUCUUUCAUUCUGAUUCUGUGUCGACGAGCACGAGGACCAUGGCAGGCGUCUCUUCCGAGGAUGAGCUCUCGUUCUCGGUGGAGACGGUUGUCGUGACGGGCUACGCACCCGAGCAGGUCAGUCUCGUCACCCCGCUGGACGAUCCGACACCGGCCGUGAGGAUGCUGAGUCCGCGCGCCACUGGGCAAUCAGUCUUUCGUGCGCGGCGAAACGGGAUGAGGACGGCGGUCGUGGAGGAGGAACUGCAGGGUAGAAUUUUUUUAGCGUUAGGAUUUUCUUGUUCAUCAGGUCAAGCACGCAGACUAGAUGUGUGAUGUAAUUGUAUGUAGACUAGUGGUUCACUUCGAAAAACAACCCAGAGUUUUUGAUGAUCGUACUGGCAGUACACAAAACGAUCAUCGUACAAGGUGCAGCUCUUGCACGCACGCAGCUGAUUCGUACUUUAUUUUGCAAAAAUCAAAACAGACCAACCCGAGCUUGUCGCUUCAGCAGUACUAGCAGGAACCCCACCGCCUGCUCCGACCAGCGCGCCAACACAACUUCUGUCCGUGCAACUGCCCGCGCCGACGCUCGCUGCGUUGGAAUUCGACUUUUUUUCCUACGCCGGACACAGUACGGAAGAUGAGCAAAACCGCGACGCGGGAGAACGUGAAGACCACAAAGACAGCAGCCAAUUAUUGCACGACUCCGCCGAGUCCGUGGGUCCACUGCUUUUCUUUCCGGACGAAUUGCAGAACAACAAGUCCGGUGGAACUACAAGCAAGAAGAAAAUUCCGGGCCAUUUGAGACGACCGGUACUAGCAACUGCUGCGGCUAGUAGCGCUGUCCCCGGAACAAAAACAACUGCGCAACAAGUGCCUGGAAAGAAAAAGAUGAACAAGGAACAGCCGCAGCUCGCCGUUCCCGCGGGAGAGGCAGCGAAAAUUUUGACAAACGCAACCGCGAAAGCAAAGAGGGCAGCGAAGAAAGAAACCCAAGCAGAAGCCGACCGACGCAGGGCCCAGUCGGUGCCCUUGCGGGCCUUGCCCCCGGUGGACGGGUCGCUGAGCAGCCGGGGGUCGUCGAAAAGAACUGCGUCUUCACCCUCAGCCUCUACUAGAAAUAACGUCCUAGUAGUACCUCUUGCAGGGGAACAGGAAGAUGCGCUGAAGGGGUCUGGUCGUGCGGUGGCUGGACCUCCAGGCAGCGAAGGUAUAAUGUGAAGAUUGCUUGUUCUUUCAAAUGACAGUAGCGUUUUUUAUAUUUUUCAUCAGAUCAAAAUCACAAUCGCAGCAACAACUUUUCUAUCGGAGAUUAUGGAGGUUAUACUCUACGUGAGGAUGACUGACGUGACCUUCGUGAAGUUGUCCGUUGCUGGUGCUAUCUACUUUUGACUCUAUUUUAUACUGCAUAGGCAUGAAUCAUUAAUUAUCAUUUUGAAAUUCAAACCACACCGACACUGCCAACAGGUCCCCGUCCCACCAACUCCCGUAUGUCAAGCUGGGUAAUGCCGACCUUUUCCGCGACGCCGCAUCCGGUAGUGAGCGACACCAGCGCGCGUGAUCAUAAUUCCACCACCUCCCAGCACGGCGCAGCUGCUCCCGCGGGGCCCUUGGUUCAUCUCGCGGCUACGCCGAAGGAACUACUCCCCGCGCCCAAAUUAUUGCGGGGCAUGACGCUGGACCACCUGGCCAAGCGGAUUCGGCCCGAGGAGAACGACGGGAAGAAAACGGACUCAACCUUCGAGUUCCCGCCCGAGGGUUGGGAGGACGAGGAGGGCAACAACAGCAUGAAAACAAAACUUUCGAAGGAAGAGGAAAUGAAUCCAAAUUUGAACGAAACAUCGGAGGGUCUUCAGGUGGACCACGACUCAAAUGAAUUACCACUGGACGAAGAAAAGACAAAGAGCAAAAACCACGAGGGAAUAACCAUUUUGGAGGAAUUUGAGCCGGUGCCCAACCUUUUCAGCGACGUCGACGGGCAAUCCGAGGCGACGCAGCCACCCGGCGUCUCCGCGGCGGGCCAAGAUGUUGUUGAAACGGGUGACGAGGUAGCUGCAGCGAACGCCGCGAAAACCACGCCGCGGCCGAACCAGUUGAAGAUGCGGCGGGCUGCUGCGGUCGCGCUGUUUCUGGCGCGGAUGAAGAAAGCGCAGGGGGCGAAGGACAAAGCGCCGCUGGAAGAGGCGCUGCUGGCCAAGAUGACGGCGCGAGACAAAGAGAAGGAGCGGCAAGGGGAGAUUCCGCGAGACGAGGAAGCAGUGGACGGGGUCGGUGAGCCGGGAGAAGUAGACCGGACCGGGGAGGACGAGGACGAACAGCCGCUGCUGAGCAAGCGGGGAAUCCUGCCCUUCACCAACUUUGUGGACCUGAUCAACGCGAAUUUCGAGAAGCGGGCCAUCGAACUCCGCGGCCAGCUGACGACCCUGCCGCUCACGCCCGUGGUGCUCAUGAAUCCCAGCAGCGGCGAGGAGGAGAACGAAUUCGAGCUGAGCCACGAGGAGGUGGAGCAGCAAGCGGAGCAGCCCAUCUUGAGCGAGCGCGAGGUGGGCAAGUUCUUCCGGUCGACCGCCGAGAUGCAGCAAGAUGGGGGCCGCGGUGGGCCGCUGGUUCAGCAGCAGCCCAAGAAGGCGGUGACGCGGAAAACGCGGAAGAGCCAGAUGAAAUACCUAGAGAACCUGGCCUCCAAGCGGAACUACAAAAGUAGUGCAGCAGGUGGAGCUCCUGCCGUCGACGAGGAAAGCGGUUCUGCGAGGACGCCGCGCGCCGGAGUUGUACCACCUAGUACUACGGGUGGUCCGAAGAGCAAGCGGCAGACAGCAACCGGUCCGGGUGCCAGAAAGAGCACAACGGAAACUAGUAACCAGCAAAACAGCAAAGCCGUCGCGAAAAGGGGCGGUUCAGCGGCCACGACUUCUGGCGUCACCGUGAUCGUCGAGAAGUUGAAAUUGAAAAACGGCACCGCGACCGCCGUGAACCCCGGCAGCCGCGUGGUCAAGGCCAAAGACCUGUACGGCUCCGAGAUGAACAAAAAGGCGGGAAUAAAGGAAGGAUCUGCGGUGCGCGCAAGCUCGCAGCCAAGCCGGUACGAAGCGGGAGCAGCCGCUGGUGCGUCGUCCGCAAAAAAGGCCGCCGGAAAGAAGCGAUACAGCCAGGCACGGAGUAAGCAAACUACAGCUAAUGGAGCCCCCGCAGCCAACGUAGCGACAAUGAGUAACCGCGGCGCCAAUACCGCGGGGGAUUUGGAAAGCAGCACAAGCAUAGCAACGUCUGGGACCAACGCCACCGGCAAGAAGGAACCUGUGCCGCCGGCGUCGCACCAGCACGACGGGAGAGCUGCAUCACCCGCAGAAGCACGUAGCCACCAUCAACCACAUGGAGUCGGUCCUAACGUCCUGCUGCACGGGAAGAAGGAUCCUGCCCAUCACGAAGACCGUGCCGCACACACGCCACAGCACACCCCGCGCGGACAAGAAGAUCAUGUCGUGGCCGACGAGCAGCCGCCCCAGCAGCCGACGUUGCCACCCUGGCAGCCGCUGAUCGAGAUGCCGGUGCCGGCCAUCUACCCGCUCGGCGGG